AGUCGCAGACAGGUGGCGAGCGGCGCUGCUGGCUUUGGUUGCGUUUUUUUGAUUGUUUACUUGCCAUAUUGUCAAUAAAUUUGUUAAACAAAUUACGUAUUGCGGUUUUAUAUGUAUAUUUAAUGUUCGAUUCGUGCAUAAGUGGUAAUGUAUGUAUGUUGUUAUACAACACUAACAAGUAAAUGCAGAUGCCGGCUGCAUAGAAAGUGUCAUAAAACAGUUAAUUGUAUAAAAAAAAAGCGCACACGUGUUCAAAGCGCUCUCAUUUGAGGUGCAAUUUGAUUUGUUAAAAGAAAUUAAAGCGUGAGUCUAUAAAUAUGCCCGUCACUAAUGACACCGAGUCGGAACAUUUGAAUCCGCUAUUUAAGGUCGAAAGUGCGCCACAACAAACAGAAAUAAAUCAGAAACCGCCAUGGAGCAAACUGCUGCUGAUGGCUGCCUUUGCCACAACACUGGGCUCUGCAGUGCCCGCCGGCUACUGCAUAGGUGUCAUCAAUGCACCUUCUGAACUGAUGAAGGUGUGGUGCAAUCAAACGGUACAUGACAAAUAUGGCAGCACAUUGAGCACGAGCGGCUUAGACAUACUCUGGUCGUCGGUAGUUUCGAUUUUUCUCGUUGGCGGCGCUAUUGGAUCGCUAGGUGGCGCUGGUCUUGCAAAUAAAUAUGGCAGGAAGACCUGCCUGUUUAUCUGCGCCGCGCUAUUCGCUAUUGGCACUGUGCUCUUCAUCUUCUGCCGGGCAGCCCAGUCUGUGGAGAUGCUUCUGCUGGGUCGCCUGAUAGUGGGUCUGGCCUCGGGUCUGGUCACAGCCACGCUGCCCAUGUAUCUGGCGGAGUUGGCGCCACCUGCACAGCGUGGCACCUUGGGCGUCUUCUGUGGCGUUGGCGUCACCGGUGGCGUUGUUGUUGGUCAGGUGUUCAGUCUCGCCGACAUCUUUGGCACUGCUGAGCUGUGGCAUUAUGCUCUGAGUGCUUACAUAUUGUUCAUUGUUGUGUGCUAUUUGCCCUCGUAUCUGUUCCCGGAGAGUCCCAAGUUUCUCUAUGUGAUGAAGAGCGAUCCGGCGGCGGCUCGAGCGGUGCUGUUGCGAUUGCGUGGCUCGGAUGCCAACAAGCUGAUCGAUCAUGAAAUUGCUAUAAUGGAGACAGAAGCGAAUGAUGAUAUGCAAAGCAGCAGCUUUUCAGAUGUCCUACGCGAUUCACGCUUCCUGAUGCCGCUCAUCAUUGUCUGCUGCUUCCAGGGCGGCCAACAAUUGUCGGGCAUCAAUGCGAUAUUUUACUACUCGGUAUCUAUAUUCACAAAGGCCGGCUUCUCUGAAACUAACGCACAAUGGGCAAAUUUGGGUGCUGGCUGCCUAAAUUUGAGCGUCUCCCUGCUGGGUCCAUUGCUGAUGGCCACCUGCAAGCGUCGCAGUCUCAUGAUGCUAUCCAGCGCAAUCUGUGCCAUCUUUCUGUUCAGCAUUGCUUUUGUUUUGAACUACAUUGAAUCUGUUAGCUGGUUUCCUUGGGCAUGCAUUGUUUGUAUUAUGGGCUAUUUAUUCUUCUAUCAGUUUGGCCUCGGUCCCAUUCCCUACUUCAUUGGUUCAGAACUGUUUGAGGUGGCGCCACGCCCGGUGGCCAUGUCGAUGGGCAGUCUAUCGUCUUGGGUAUGCAAUUUCAUAAUUGGCAUGGCCUUUCCCAGUUUGCAGAACGUUUGGGGCGCCUUCGUCUUCCUACCCUUCUCGAUUACCUGUGUGCUGCUCUUCCUGCUAACGAAAUUCUAUCUCCCGGAAACGUUUGGGCGCGAUCCCUCCGAAGUGGCGCCACUGGUCUCGAAGGGUUUUCGCUCCAAGGUCAAAUAGGAAACGGAAAAUAUAGUUGUAAUUAGUUAAUUAUUAGGUUAGCAUUAAGCGAAAUGUUCAUAUUAAACAAUAUUGUAUUUACUCUAUAUAUAGUUGGUGAUUAUGCAGAACAAAGUGCCUGUCACGACAAUAAGCUCAAUCAAACAAAUUGUAAUGUACAACUAAUUGUAGUUUAAGAUCUAGUUUUCAAAUAAGUCACCCUGUAUGGGCUGGUACCACUUUUGUGUAAGGUGUUGGGAACUCUUAUCGCAGCACAAGUUCAAGUUAAUUGCCUUGAGAAAAUAGACUGUAGUUACUUUGCUAAUUA